CGUAUUAAACCAACACUAUAAUUUCAGACCAGAAAAAACACACACACAACACACUAUUCUCUCUCUCUCUCUCUCUCUCUCUCUCUCUCUCUCUCUCUCUUUGAAUUCCAUAUAGUAAAUGUGAUAGCUAGCUAGUGAUCAAUCCCCAUCUCUGAAUGUCUGAAACUCAAAUAUUACAUCACUGAUUCAGCUCAACUAACCCAUUUUCAACAAUACCUUCUCUAUUUCUCUCUCCCUUUCUCUUUAAUCGCAUCAAUAUAUGCCAAAUAUAAACAAUGCCUACAAUGCCUAUAUGAGGCAGCUAGGCAACACCCUAUUUUAAAUCCCCAUCAUCCAUCCAUCUCCCAAUUCUCCAUCACUCCCAACAGCAACAGUAGUAGUAGUAGUACACCCACUCCAAUUCCCACAAUCCCUUGCUGCAUGCUAGUUUUCCCAUAUUUGUAACUCCACCACCAUUCUUCAUACCACAUCACACCAUUACCUCAAAUGGGAAGUGAUUUCAAACUACCUAGGCUACCAUCCCUUUUUUCUAAUUAGUUACUAACACCUCCCCUUGUUCUUGUUAUCUUGUUAUCUUGUUCUUGUUCACCUUUUAAGGCCAUUAUAUACCUUGGGAUUCUGAGAAAGGUGGGUGACACAGAAAGAGAGAAGUAAGUAGAGCCUCGCUCUUGGCUACUUGUUUAUCUUUUCACUGUGUUCAACAAUCAAAAUGUGGAUGAUGGGUUAUAACGAGAGUGGGCAUGCUGAUUUCAACAUGCCUGAUUCUUUCAACGGUCGGAAGCUUCGGCCUCUCAUUCCACGGCCACUCGUGCCAUCUGCUAACAACGCCACUUCUUCAGUCAUUGCUGCAACUCCUCCUUGUUUAAACCGAAUUCAUGGCGUCUCUCAUGAUUUCUUCACUCAGUAUCACCAUCUCGCCGCUAUGGCUGAACAAAACAAGAGAUCAGAGUUCAUCAACACACCGCAAGUGGUGGUGAGCUCAAGAUGGAACCCAACUCCGGAGCAGUUGAGGGCUCUGGAAGAAUUGUACAGACGAGGGACUCGAACCCCGUCGGCUGAGCAAAUUCAGCACAUCACAGCGCAGCUUCGAAAAUAUGGAAAGAUAGAGGGGAAGAAUGUGUUCUAUUGGUUCCAAAAUCAUAAGGCCAGAGAAAGACAGAAACGUCGCCGUCAGAUGGAAUCAUCCGUGCCCUCUGCCCAACCAGAUCACGAAAUAUCAUUGUCAUCCACAGAUAAUCAAAAGAAAGAAUCAUUAGGGGCAAGUAGGACAGGGUUUGAAGUUGAACAGACCAAGAACUGGGCACCCUCUACAAACUGCAGUACUACUCAUGCAGAGGAAUCUGUUUCAAUACAAAGGGCAGCAAAAGCAGCAGAGUGCAGGACGGAUGGAUGGAUCCAAUUCGAUGAAGAAGAAUUGCAGCAAAGAAGGAACUUUGUAGAAAGGAAUGCCACGUGGCAGAUGAUGCAGUUGUCUUGUCCUCCUUCUCCUCCUUCUCCUCUUCCUCCUCAGUACCCUCAUCCUCCCACCCACCUCAUAAUAAACACCCCUGCUUGUUCUACUGCUAACUCAAAUAGUACUAAUAAUUUAACAAGCAGCAGAGCAAGCAGGGCAGCAACAGUAAGAACAAUGGACCAAAGGCUCAUUAAGGGUCAUGAUCUCAGCAUCCUUCUAACACCCUACUCAUCAAUAUCAGAAGAAUCUGGUUUUAUUAACUUUAACUACCCAAACCACAACACCAGCGUUGAACAGGAUCAUGGCUGUGGGGAAUCUCAAACCCUUCAACUCUUUCCACUUCGAAGUGGCCAUGCCAAUGCCAAUGCCAAUGCCAACCUCGAAAAGGAUCAUGCAGAGCUAUCGGCUAACUUCAGUAGAGCUCAGCCUUACCCUUUUUUUGAGUUUCUUCCCUUAAAGAACUAAUUAGUUUUCUAACCAUGCACUUAAUUUUCUGCUAUAUAUAUAUAUAUAUAUGAUAUGUAAGAUGAUGGCAUGGGAGAUUUUAUUAUUAUUUUAUUGGAAAAGGGGAAG